UAAAAUACACAACUAGAUGGCGCUGUGAGUAAUUUCGAUUUCCGCCGCUGCCUUUCCGUUGUUCUUUCACUAUUCAAGAUGCCGCCUAAGAAGGAUACGAAGGGUUCUUCUAAACAACCACAGAAGACCCAGAAGAAAAAAGAAGGGUCCGGAGGUGGUAAAGCCAAGAAGAAGAAGUGGUCCAAAGGAAAAGUCAGGGAUAAGUUAAACAACCAAGUUUUGUUUGACAAAGCUACCUAUGAGAAGCUUUAUAAAGAAGUCCCACAAUACAAACUUAUUACGCCUUCUGUAGUCUCUGAAAGAUUAAAGGUCAGGGGAUCUUUGGCAAGGAGAGCUUUGAUUGAAUUACAACAGAAAGGUUUAAUUAAACAAGUUGUUCAACAUCAUGCCCAACUUAUUUACACAAGGACUACAAAGGGAGAAGAUCCUGCUGCUUAAGUUAAGACAAUGUAUAAGUACAUUUAAUAAAUAAAAAUGGUAAAAGAUAA